AUGCAAAUGGACGUUAGUAAGGCCUGCGGCACCUGCAACAAGAUGAUAGACGUAAAGAACGCCCUGGACGACAACGACCAAGAGCAUCUCCUCAGAUUCUACGACCAGCUAACACCCGAACACAAGAAGUCACUAUUCGACCAGCUGGCCUCCAUCGACUUCCACGAGGCCAGCAACAUGUACAGCGAAGCCUUGGAAGUCAUGGAGCAGCAGGAAACCAUGAGCGGCAAGAUCAUAGAGCCGGUGCCAAUCUCAGAGUUCGGCUCUGCUCUCACUUGCGGAGAGGACAAGAUCCAGGAGUACUGGAACAACGGCCUUAAGGCUAUAGGAGAGGGGAAGGUAGCUGCUCUUGUGCUGUCAGGCGGGCAAGGCACCAGGUUGGGCCUGGACGUGCCCAAAGGGAUGAUCUCUAUAAACCUGCCUUCGGGGAAGACCAUCAUGCAGAUCCACAUGGAGAGAAUCAUAAGGCUGCAGGAGCUGAGCGGGAAGGCUACAGGAAAGGAUGAUGUGUCAUUGCCGUUAUACGUGUUGACCAGUGAGGCGACCCAUGAUAAGCUGUUGGAGUUCUUGGAGGAAAACAUGUAUUUCGAUAUGAGGAAAGAGGACGUGGUGCUGUUCAAACAAGGCAUGAACCCCUGCUUCAACUACGAAGGCAAGAUCAUCCUCGCCGAAAAGCACCUGGUGGCAAUGGCACCAGACGGCACCGGAGGCCUCUACAAGGCCAUGGAAAAAAACGGCAUCUUCGACGACAUGAAAAGACGCGGCGUCCACUACGUCUACGUCUUCCCCGUGGACAACGUGAUGGCCAAGGUGGCGGAUCCCAUCUUCGUCGGCUACUGCCUGGAGACCAAGACGGACUGCGCCGCCAAGGUGAUAAGGAAGCACAAGGCCAAGCAGAACGUCGGCAACGUGUGCAAGGUGGACGGCAACUACAGCGUGGUCGAGUACUCGGAGAUCAGCGACGAGCUGGCCUGCCAGACGGACGACGAGGGAGAGUUGAAGUUCCACUCGGCCAGCAUCUGCAUACACAUGUUCUCGCUGGACUUCAUGAUGGAGAUGGCGUCGGUGAAGCUGAGGCCUCACGUUGCCAAGAAGAAGGUGGCGUUCGUGGACGAGGAGGGGGUGAAGAGGAAGCCGACCAGUCCGAACGCCAUCAAGGUGGAGAGGUUCGUCUUCGAGGCCUUCAGAUACUCCCGAGGCUUCGUCACGUGGGAAGUCGGCUACGACGAGUUCAGCCCGAUCAAGAACCCCAAUUCUGGCCGGUACGAGUGCCCCCUCACCGCCCGCACUGACCUGCUGAGCGUGCACAAGACCUACGUCGAGAGCUUUGGCGGGCAGGGUCUGGACGAAGCAGAGGUGGAGGUUUCGCCUUUGCUUUCGUACGCGGGCGAGAACCUGGGGGAGCGUGUUCGAGGGAUGAGCUUUCCGCCGUACUCCUCCACCCACGUGCAGAGCGAGGAGGAGUACUACAGGAACCAGCCCGAUCUGAGCUACCAGUCGUUCUCGCAGCUGUUCAAGAUCAAGCCGACCAUGGUGAUAGACGGGUAGUGGGGACGGAGCUUUAGUGCAGUAGGUUCGUUGUACUUUUGUUGUGUUUUUUAUCAUUAAAUUUGUGAUUUCGAAGUGUU